GAAAAGAUCUUCCCGGUCUGGCGCACUUCUUGGAGCACAUGCUCUUCACGGGUACGAAGAAGUACCCCAAAGAAGGAGAAUACCACGAAUUCAUCAAGCAGAAUGGUGGCGCAGCCAACGCGAACACAGGCUGCUGGACCACCAACUACAUGUUCCAGGUCAAAGUGGAAGCUUUGGGCGACGCCCUCGAUCGCUUCGCGCGCUUCUUCUCCGAACCAUUGUUAACGAAGGACUGCACCGACCGGGAGAUCAACGCCGUCGACUCGGAGUUCCAAGCCGGCGUGACCAACCCGUUCUGGCGGGACAUAG